CGUGUAAAGCUUCCAAACGUGAACAGACAACAACUUACUACUAAUACUUCGCCACAUUUCUUUAGCACUUCCUUCCUCUGCAAUUUCCAACUCAUUUAGAAUUCUCUCACCUCUUCGUCUAGGGUUUUCUCCUUUCUCUCUCCAAACUCUUCAACAUGAGUCGUCAUCCUGAAGUAAAAUGGGCUGAGAGGGAAGACAAAGUGUACCUGACUGUGAUGCUGCCUGAUGCAAAAGACCCAAAAGUUAAUCUGGACGCUGAAGGAACUUUUACCUUUGCUGCUUCUGGUGGGGCUGGCGAUAAUGCUUAUGAACUGAAACUGGAUCUCUUUGACAAGGUCGAUGUAGAGGAAAGCAAAAUUAGUUACAACGUCAGAAGCAUAUUUUGUGUUCUGGAGAAGGCAGAGAAGAAAUGGUGGAAUAGGCUUCUGCGUGGUGAUGGUAAGGUUCCACAUUACGUGAAGGUUGAUUGGGACAAGUGGGUAGAUGAAGAUGAGGAUGUUGGUAGUGCUGAACCUGGCGGUAAUGGACCAGCAGACUUCGAUCUUGGGGGAAUGGACUUCUCGAAAUUUGGAGAUUUUGGUGGUGCUGGUGCUGGAGGCUUCCCUGGUGCUGGAGGCUUUCCCGGUGCUGGAGAUUUUGGUGGUGCAGGUGGUGGUGAUGAAUUUGAUGAUAGUGAUGAUGAUGAGCAAGAAGUGUCUAAACCAGAGGAAGGUGCUGGAGAGAAGCCGGUGGAAGCACCUACUGCAGAGAAGACUGAAGCUUAGGAUAUGUAGUAAGGAAACUAGCCACAUAUUUGUUAUGUGAGUGACUUCGGAUAUUUGUUAUCGUAUUAGAAUAUGUAAACGGUGGAAAAAAUUGAUAGACAUGCUUGAGAUGUGAAUCAGUUUUUCUGUGAUCAUUGGUAACUACGAUAAUUUUUUGUCCUAAAUGUAUCCUGUAUCCUUUAGUACUCCACAUGUGUCUUACAACUACUCCCUUCAUGGCUUCAUCCCAUAAUAUAGUGUCCGUUUUCAUUUUUGAUUUUCCUAAA